CAGCCCGAUAACUUGACGGAGGAGAUCCCUUCUUUUGUGGUGGAUCCUUUACUCGGGUUUUGCAUUCGGGUCAGCCCGAUAAGGUGUAGGAAUAACAACACAGCGACACAACUCCUCUCUCGUUUCUUCGGUGGUGUUCUUCUUCGUCUUUCUCAGUGUGAUGCCAGCUUGAAAGCCAGUACAAGAGCAAAGAAUCACGCACAUAAAGAUAAAGCUUGACUACUGCAAUACCUAUGGUGGAAGUAUGGUGGUCCCUUUUGGGGGCGGCUAUUCCAGCUGUUUUUGCAGGGCAAGCGUGGAGGAUUAAGAGAAGGCGGGAUGAGGAGCAGAGAAUUAAGAGUGCAAGAGGCCGAGAAAAGAGUUCAGACGACAUUUUCGUUUGUGAAAGGAUUUGCACCUCAAAGCGCAUGUUAAAAAAGGUUGGUGCUUUCUCUAAGGAUCCAAUCCCAGAUACUUGUGUCACUGUCUGCGGAGUCUCAGAGCUUGAUGCAUGCACUGAUGCCUGUGCGCGGACUGUUUGUGUCAACCAGCAUCAUGUUCCGAACUGGAAUGAUGUUUGUCUUCGAAGAUGUCAAAGUGAAUGUCUUAAGCUCUCUGCAUCUCGUGCUUCGUAGGACAUAGGAACCAUUGGGUUUUGUUUCUGAAAAAUUAAGGUGGGUGGUAGAAGCAAGAAUUGCUGUAAAUGUUUGAAAAUUCCCAUUCAGCAGAUUGGUGGCUUGAAACAUUGAAGCUUUUUUGUUCUCUAUUAUUCUUUUCUUUAAAAUUUUGAAUAAUGUAGUGCACCAAAUAGAUGCUUCAUUCUAUUUAAAAUUGCUUAUGUGCAGAAGUAA